AUGGCGGAAAGCAAGUACAUCACGCUCGUUUCGAGCGACGGCUACGAGUUUGUGCUCCUUCGCGAGGCGGCUCUGAUCAGCCCAACCAUCAAAGGCAUGCUCCGGGGCCCGUUCGUCGAGGCGCAAACAGGCCGGUGCAAUUUCCCAGAAAUCAGUGCUCAUAUUCUCGAAAAAGUCGUGGACUACUUCAACUACUGGUACCGCAACCGCGAAAAGGAGGACGUCCCGGACAUGGAGAUCCCCGUUGAGAUGUGCCUCGAAUUGUUGAUGGCGGCCAACUAUCUGAACUUGGACCCACAGCUGCGGUGA